AUGUACAAAAUCGAGUAUAUGGAAGGAUCAAAUUUUGCCGUCCUCUACAAGCCAGUCCUCCCAGCUGGGUUUCGUUUGGAUGCAACCGAAUAUGGAGCCCGUCAAGCUAACGUUCAAAUCAAGACUGGCCACAAGGCAGCUCUUACGGCCUAUGGGCGAUUGCCUCCACAGGAUGUGUACCAAAAGUUUCGCUUGCAAUUCAGUGAUAAUGUGAAGCUUACCGAAGCGCCGUUUGGGGUGACUGGCUCUGCUGGAGAGCAAGUCGACACCGCUGCGAUGAAGAUGAUUUUGUAUCGCAAGGGAACGGGAAAGAAGGAUAAAAGCAAUCAAGAUGUGCUGGACUUGCACACUCGAAUCACUUUUGUGUUUGCUGAUUUGGCCAAGAAGACUGUUUUGGAUGGUGCCACAAAGCGCGGUUCGAAGGCAGUCGAUGAUGCAUUUGGAGGCAACAGUCUCUUUCCUGCAGCACCAACCAGAAUUCUCGUGGCACCAGUUCUCGUGGCACCAGUUCCAGUUCCAGCACCACAACUACUUCCAGCACCAGCACCAGCAGCAUCCAUGGGGCUACUGUCGCAAGCUGCAUCGAUGGCCGGAUCACUUGUUGGGCGUGCCGGCAAGAAGACUGAAUCCGAGGAUAUCGAGGCUACUCGGAAAGCGAUGUUUAAAAAGACCGCUGAUAGUGAGAACAGAAUGACAGUUUCGGAGAAGCGACGAGUAAGUGCAAGAAAGCAAGCACUUGCAAAAGCAAGGUCAGAGCAGGAUGGAACAGAACAAAUGAUUGACACAUUGAUGGAGGAAUUCGAUGGCGAUGUCGCGGAACGCAGAGCUCUUGGUCUUGAGGAGGAACUCAGCUCUUCUGAUCAGCAGGACGUAUCUGCUUUGCCACCACUGCCAGAUGACGUUGAUGCGGAUCUGGAUGGUCUAUUUUCUAGUGAAUCUGAGGACGAGUUUUUUGAUUAUGAUGAUGAUGGGGUGUGA